UACCACGAGGCAGUUGCACUCGCAGGCCUUGCUUCCUCCUCACCACAUCCAAGCCGUUCCCCAAAGAUGUCGGUCAGCGCUGCCACACCUCGUGACGACGAUGUCGCCGCUCCUGCACCCGUCGAUGCCAAUACUCCUGCUGGCGCUGGAGCUGGCCUGGCUCACGUCGGCCUGGUGACUCCCUCGUCCGCAACGCCUUCGCUGGCGUCGCCGGCUACGUCGGUUGCUGCCACCAGGGGAUCGAGCCCAGCAUCAUCCCCUGCACUCUCUGCCACUCAUGUCAAGGGUGACGGCGCGGGGUCAGCCUCUUCUGGCAAGACGGCGUCGUCAAGCUCGAAGAAGCCGCCUACCCUGAGUGACAUUGCUGCCAGGCUCAAGCUUGAUGGCAAGGACACUCCAGAGAAGGACUCGAGUCAUUUGGAUGUAAAUGCCCCUCAACGUGGUAGACUCGGUCUUGCUGGUCGACUCAAUAGCUCCUCGUCGGACGCAGGCGCCUCGCCCGCUGCUCCAAGCGUCACAUCCGACAAUGAGGGAGACAGCGUCGCCCAGACGUCACCUCAAGCCUUGGUCCUCGGCAUGCCUCCUAAUUCGGGCGACUCGGCAUCCGCCUCGACGUCUCCCUCCAUUCCCUCGACGUCUUUGCCUUCGACGACGAGCGAGGCCACGCAGCUCAGCAGCACCACCACCGCCACCACCGCAGCGUCGUCGACCAGUGAGCAGAAGAGCAAGGGGAUCCCAAGCCUGGAUGACAUCCGCGAGCGAAUGGCAAAGAAGGGUCAUUCAAGCCCUGCCAAGUCGGUCGCAUCGUGGGACGAGCCCUUUGAGAAGAAGGGAUCGCUUUGGGACCGAGCUGACCCCAAUGCAGGCAAGAGUGACGGGGUGGGAGGCAGCCACCCCUUCUCGUCCAGCCCAACCAAAAGCCCGACGAGGAGCCCCAAGACACGCACCACACCAAUGUUAGGCUCUACCUCAGCGGCAACAAAGACGUCGCCUACCAUGCCCCCUCCUGUAUCGACUGCUCCUCUCUCACACCGUAGCAAUGCCGCCGCUGGACCAUCCAAGCCCCCCUCCUCAGCUCAACGUCCCGUUCCCACGGGCCACCACCCCCUACAGCACAAGUGGACUGUCUAUUUCGACUCCAAGUCCCCCGCAUCUGCGCCCACUCACCACACCAUCAGCGGUACUGAGCAUGGCUGGGACGUCUAUGACCCACGCGCUUCCUCGGCGGCUCCACCAUCAGCCACUCUCAAGAGCUCCAGCGCCACUCCAGGCGCCGACUCAUGGGAAGCCGCUCUCAAAGUGCUAGGCGCGUACCGUACAGUCGAGUCCUUCAUGGGCGUCUUUACGACCAUCAAGCGCCCUUCGCAGCUCGACUUGCACUCCAACUAUCAUCUUUUUAAGAACGGCAUCAAGCCUAUGUGGGAGGACCCCGCCAAUGCCAAUGGCGGCAAAUGGACCAUCUCCCUCUCACGCUCGGCAACUAACCCGGCCCUCUUAGACCGAAGCUGGAUGUGGCUCGUGCUCGCCUUGAUUGGAGAAGAGCUCGACACAGAGGAUGAAAUUACUGGCGCCGUCUUCUCUUCCAGACCAAAGGCGAACAGGAUCUCCCUUUGGUUGAGGGACAGGGGGAAUGUGGAGCGGGUGAACAGCAUUGGCAGAAAGUUGGUGGACCUCCUCGAGGUUGAGAAGGAGCCAGGCGUCUCUAUGGACUUCUCUGCAGUCAAUGCAGCCACGAGCGGCUUCGCGAGGGGAUCUGCAGGGAGGAGCGGGGCAGGAGGUUAUUGGAGCUUUAGCAACCCGGGGAAGGGAGGGCCGGACGGUAGCGCGGCAGCAUCCUCGUCGGGAGGCACCGCUGCAGCUGGUAGGCCGGCUGCGAGGCCCACUGGCGGAAGCUUCUCUGGUGGCACGAGUGGUGGAUUUGGACUCGGCGUGCCUAUUGGGAGGACGGGCGCUGGUGGCAGCAGGCGUUGAUGACGCAGCAGCGAUGCUGACUCACAACUGCUCCUUGUACAAACCACCAUGGUCCAUCCCCUUUACUCCCCCGUCAAUGAGUACGAAUACGUCUCGCAGACAUAGCCCUCAGGCUUCUCUCGCCACGAGGCAGCGAAGCAUCACAUGAAGUCUAUUCAGCAUGCGCGAUGAUCGCCAGGCGACGUGAGAGAGAGACAGAGCACUCGGCCGCCUCGUCUGCCUAUGGCCCGCAGAAGAUGGUCAAAUCGGCGCCUCGCUCGUAGCUCGUGACACGCUCGUGAACGGUGACUUUGGAAGGGUCUUGGAUGAAGAAAGCC